AUGGAUUUCACCAAGCUGAGGGCGGCUGCCCUGAAGGAUGGAGACGACGAAGAGGCCGUCACGGUUAAUACACGCGCCCUGAUCGACAAGGUGCUUGCCAGAUAUUCCGGAGAAUGGACAACUCUACGAGAGCUACUCCAAAAUGCAGCAGAUGCCCAAGCGACCAGAGUGGCCAUCAAGUUCGAGACCUUGCCCUCCGCGAAUGUUCCUCUGUCGAAUACGACAAACCAGUCUGAUAUCCUGAAACACGUCCUGCUAAAUCACACAUUACGAAGACUGCUGGUCACGAACAAUGGACAGGCGUUUGGGGCCAAUGACUGGGCGAGGCUGAAGAGGAUUGCGGAGGGAAAUCCCGACGAAACCAAGAUUGGAGCUUUUGGGGUGGGGUUCUACAGUGUCUUCGCAGAUUGUGAGGAGCCCUUUGUCAGUUCGGGAAAUGAAGCCAUGGCAUUUUACUGGAAGGGCAACUCGCUGUUUACCAGGCGACUGCAGCUCCCAGCUGAACAAGGGAAUCCGGAUACUAGCUUCGUUCUAGAUUAUCGAAACAAUACAACCCCUAUGCCGAAUCUCCUUUCUAUAGCCCAGUUCUUGGCAACAAGUUUGACGUUCGUGGCUUUGGAAAAUAUCGAGCUUUACGUGGACGACUGGAAGAUCAUAUCCUUGAAGAAGAAGGCUUCGCCCAGUAUCCCUGUGCCUAUUGCUAGAGAUGUUGAGACGACGACCAAAGAGGGCCUGAUGAAGGUCACCAGUAUGGAUCGAGAGAGUGUACAAAUGGAUGCAAUAUUCAUGAAUGUUGUUGGAUGGAAACCUGUAAUGCCAGCAUUACCCAAGGGGACCAGUUACGACAGUCCCUAUGGGAACAACGACAUGCCUUCUCUACGUUCUUUCUUCAGCAGGCUCACAUCAAGCACAAGCCAUGCUCAACUGAAGACAAAAGCAAUGCGGGAUGAAAAGGCCUUGCAGGAUAUUGUUUCGGAAACUCUCACUGACCUCACGACGGCAAACGUCUUCCUCCGAGUAAUGACUGCUGUUGUCAAAACCUCAGUUAGUUCCUCAUUUGCAAGCGAACUGGAACGAGCGACCAAGAAGCCACCUCCCAAAACCACAAAGCUUGCAAUCCUCACAUCUUCCUAUGAUGAGCAGGCUGCAUCUUCUAAAGAUGACAAUGUGGCAGAGCUGGUAGAUGUGUUCGCAUCUGUUCUUCCAGCCAAGAAGCCUGGCGGUCGUAUUUUUAUCGGGUUUCCAACGCAUCAGACCACUGGCGCAGGCAUGCACUUAUCGGCUCCCUCCGUCAUUCCAACCGUUGAGCGAGAGUCGAUCGAUUUGAAUGCGAGAUGGGUCGUAACCUGGAAUCGGGAGAUGCUCCGAGUUGCUGGUAUUAUGGCUAGACUUGCUUUCUCGAACGAGAUGGCAGAUCUUUCCUUCAAGAUAAAGCGUGCCACAGAAGCAGCUGGGCAUGGAACCAAAGUCUCAAAGACUGAGAUUGCCCAGUUUAUGCCUGAAGCCCUUCAUACGCUCAAAACAUUUACUUUCGGGGAGUCAACGCCGAGUUCACAAGUAUCGCAAAUCAUCGAGGAAGCUUUUUGGACAGCUUACAAGAAACCUUCUAUUGAGAUCUUCAGCACCCGGGGGAUUUUGCCUACAACAAAGGUGCGUUUAGCUACAGAAGAUCUCAGUGGUUUUGUCGAGGGCAUUCCCGUAGUUCCAGAUGCUUUAGUGGGCGGGCCAUUCGUCACCAAGCUCAGAGACUUUGGUCUCGUCACAGAAAUUACCAUAGACGAUGUCAAGCAAGAGCUGGGAGCGAAAGCUUUAACGAAAGAGCAACUGGUGCAAUUUAUCACAUGGGCGGGUCGCAAAGCCGCAACAGGCGAUAUCAGCGGGCAGACAAUCCACUCUCUUCUGGAUGUUGCGGUUGCGAUGACUGGAGAUGUCGACGAACAAGGUGAUGUUAUUGCUUUGGGCAGCAUUAAGAAUUAUCUCAGUGUCAACAAGAUCCCGGCAGAAGUUCCUAUUCCACCAAGCACCAUUCCAUUCCACUUUACCAAAGCGUCCCCUAUACAUGAGUUGCAAGCUCUAGGAUGGGAACCUCUUGAGAUCGUACCCUGGCUACGAUUCCUCAUUGAAACCAACGCCUCUAGGUCCGCCGAUCAGAGCCUCACUAGCUCCGUACGAUUUGCUGCCCAAAUCCUCUUAAUAUUAUCGAAAGCAUGGGACGGAUUGAGUGUAAGUUCCAAGGAGACAGUUGUGUCGGUUCUGAAACCCAUGACAAUUGUGCCGACGAAGUUCGGUAUGAAGAAACCAGGGGAGGCUUUCUUCGCAAGCGUCAAGCUUUUUGAUGAUCUACCAAUUGUCACUUCAUGUCCAGGCGUGAAAGAAAAGUUCUUUGCCGCCAUUGGUGUCCGAAAGACUGUUGAUCUGGAAACGAUCUUCAGCCGCUUGCUUACACCGAUUGGGGAGUCUGAACAGGGUCAGCAAACGAAUAAGACUCGGCAUAUGGAGUUGAUUAAGUAUCUCGCAUCUGUACGGGAGGACAUUCCACCUGAUGAUCUGAAGAGGUUGCGGGAGACUCCCAUUUGUCCCGCCGAAGCUGGUCCUAAAGGUCUUGAGCCUACCCAAGGGACUUCCAGACUGUACAAGAUAUCGGAACUCUUUGAGCCAAAGGAUGCCCUGCGAGAAUUACGAUUACCGAUACUGCAGUGGCCGGGGCCACCAGGGAGUUACCGGCAAGGCAGUGUGGAAGGUCGAUUUCUGUCUACUCUGGGCAUCAGGGCAUUUCCUUCUGUCUCUGAGUUGAUUGGCAUGAUGGAUUCUGAUGAUCCUGUGCUCAGAGUCAAGUCUAUGAAUUACUUCAUUUCAAAUCAUCAUAUCAACCGCUAUGCAAACUUCGACAUCAGCUCCUCGGAAAGACGAUUCUUACCAUUGCAGGGUGAUCCGGCCCGCCUUGUCAGUCCAGCAGAAUGUUUUACAAACGAGCGAUGUGCUGUUCUCGGCUUCAAUAUACUGAUCAGAGAACUACAUGUCCAUGCAAAUAAAUUUGGAGUUGCUAUGGACCCUCCAAUUACUGAGUGCGUCAAUAGACUCAUCGCAAAGCCACCCCAAACCAAGCGUGAAGGAUCAACACUUUUCGGUUAUUUUUCUAGCCGUCUUGGUGAGAUUGGCCAGAACAAUGUUGCAAAGAUAGCCGACUCUCGCAUUGUACCGGUUACUUCGCGGCAAUCAGCACCAAAUGGUUUUCCGAGUGAGAAGAUCGGAAAGCAAUCCGACAUACAGCACUUGGCGCCGAGACAGUGCUAUCUGGGUAGCUCGUCAUCUACUUAUGGCGAAAUAUUUGAUUUUGUUGAUUUCGGAAAUGAUGCCAAUACUUUCCUCCUGAAGUGUGGCUCGAAGCAUGAACCCACCAAGCUUGAGUUAGCGGGCAUUGUAUCUAGGGAGCCAGCGCGUUUACUCGGUAUCAUGAAAAGUCCCGAAAAAUACAUGGGUCUCCUGAGGUCGCUGGCCGAUGACCUCCCGCAACUGAAACGAGAUAAGCUUUUGUUCAAACAGUUGAGGCAAUCGAAGUUCCUCAUUGGGUCAAAAGAAAUCCCCGGAACUAAAGAAAAUCAGGAGCAGAACGGUUCUGAAGAUGACGACUUGGACCUUGAUGAUGGGGAAGAUGCUCCCAUGAAACAGUGGCAAUUAGCAUUACCGAGUCAAAUCGUAGUUAUCGAUGAUUAUAUUAGCUAUCGAUUAUUCAAAGGGUCGUUAAUAUGCGCUCCUGAAGACGACAAACUUGAAGAAUUUUAUCUUGCACUGGGUGCGUCUACUCUUCAUAGUCUUGUUGAAGAAGACCUCCGUCUCGGUCAAACCUACGAAAAGCAGGCAUCCGCUAUUAAGCUUCGUAGCCACGUCCUCGAGCGCUCAAAACUCUUCUUGCAUGAAAUUGACCAGAAGGAGAUCAAGCAUGACAGCCGCUGGCUCGACAAGAAUCUCAGUGUUCAAGUUGUUAGCUCCAUUCAGUUGAGGAGAUCGCUUCGUGGCCAUAAUUUGUCCCAUACGGAGAAACGUUCCGCAGCUUGCACACACGAACGACAUCAGAGCUAUACUUUACUUGUAACACCAGGCAAUCAUGAUGUAUUCCAGAUAAGUCAAGCGAUUUGUAAGAUCCUUCUGGACCGUCCAAGUCAGCAAGCAUGCAUGUCAUUCGAGACUUUUCUGAAGCUGAACUUGUAUGAGUUACGAUCUCGUGGUUACAAUGUCGAACGAAUCUUGAGAGCCAAAGCUGCUGAGCAGAGGAUCGCGGAAGAAGAACGUCGGAAGCAACUGGAGACAGAGCAACAAGCGCUUAAGGACCAGCAAGAGCAAUGGUCCCAAGAAAAUGAACUCGCAUUGACCAAUACUACUAAAGAGUCCCGCCGCAAGUCCAAGAUGCCUUCUAUGCCUGGUUCAUUUGGGUCGGAUUCUCCUGAAAAUUCUCCGGCCCCGAAAUCGCCUCCUAAACAGAAAUCACGUGGCAUGUUCGCAGGUCUCAGUCGUCGUUUAGGCCUCGACAAUAGCGGAGAAGCUCAUGAUCAACUCCAAAACCUCCUCGGCGGUAGCGGUCCUUCCUCUUCCCACGAUCACGAGCACGAGCACGAGCAGCAGACAGACAACCCACCCACCUACGAGCAAGCCAACAAGUCCUCCGGCGGGAAGUCCGCAACAGAAAAAGUCUCUUCUCCCGCCGCCGUACAGCAGAACCUCCUAAACGCAAUCCAAUCUUCCCGCGCCCACGACUCCUCGACGCUCUUCUCGCCCCCCUCGAAGCAAGUAAUCAAAGAACAGGCCUCCUACUGCGACGAAACCCCGUCCCAAAACAUAACCUUUCUCACAGACGCCUCCAACGGCACCCGAAUCUUCGUCUCCAAGACCCUCUCCGUCUCCCACACGGAAUUCAUCUCCUCACACUCUUCAUCCCUCAACAGCUUCGCUUCCCUGCUCCACGAAGUCGCAGACGUGUAUACGCUGCCGCGCAAAGCUGUUCAUAUCUUCUACGACGAAAGCGGUGGCACGAUUGCGUUUAAUGCGAGUGGGAGUAUUUUCUUUAACUUUAGGUUUUGGUUGCAGCUGCAUGAUGGGAAGGAUCGCGUGGCGGGUGCGGCGUAUUGGUGGAUUGUUUGCGCGCAUGAGUUGGCGCAUAAUUUGGUGAAGGAACACUCGGCGGAUCAUAGUUUUUAUACUGAGAUGUUGGUAGCGAAUUACUUUCCCAAGAUGAUGAGUAAAGCUGCUUCUUUUCCGCAGAAACAUACACGUGCGCCAUCGGCAGCGAAAGAGCAGAGGAGUUUAAUGGAUUGA